AUGAAAACCGCAGCCAUUCUCUCCUGUCUCGGUCUGGUGGUCGCCUCGGCCAUUCCGGACUUCACCACGUCGUCCCAGUUCCCCACAAAACGACUGUCUGCCCGAUCGGUGCCCGGAGACCUCGGUCUGGACGAUGUCCAGCAAUACACCGGCUAUCUGACCGCCAAUGAGACCGGCGAACACUUUUUCUACUGGACCGUCGAGUCACGUAACGACCCGUCCAAAGACCCCGUCAUUCUGUGGCUCCAGGGAGGCCCCGGAUGCUCCUCAAUGACGGGCUUGCUGUACGAGAACGGACCGUCGUUCAUCGAUAAUGCCACCCUCACGCCCAUCCACAACCCCCAUUCGUGGAACAACAACGCCACCGUCGUCUAUCUGGACCAGCCAGUGGACUCGGGCUUCUCCUGGGGCCAGACCAACAACACCGACACCUCGGCCAAGGGCGCCAAGGAGGUGUAUGCGUUCCUCGAGCUCUUUUUCCAGCGAUUCCCCCAGUAUCCCAAGACUCUCCACGUUGCCGGCGAGUCCUACGCGGGCCACUACAUUCCCUCUGUGGGCGCUGAGAUUCUACGUCACCCAGAACGGUCUUUUGACCUCAAGUCUGUCGUCAUUGGUAACGGACUGGUCGACGUGUUGCAACAGUACAAGGAAUACCAACCAAUGUUCUGCGGCGGCGGCGGAGUGCCCGCGGUCGUCGGUCCCGAGGUCUGUGAUCAUCUGGACGACACUCUGGCCGCCUGCAACAAGCUGGUGGAAACUUGCUACAACAACGUCACCAGCGCCAACUGCGUGCCUGUGGGCGGCGAGCUCUGCUCAAACCUGACUCUGCCGUUUUACAACGAGACCCUCAACAUCAAUCCCUACGACAUUACCAAAAAGUGCGAGCCUGCGCUGGACAAUGGCUGCUACAACGAAUCGGACGGCAUGACGCGAUGGCUCGAGCUUCCGCGGGUGCUGACCGCCAUUGGAGCCGAACAUGCCUGGAACGGAUGCUCCGACAAUGUGUCCGACCUCUUUUACUCCACCGGAGACCCCUUCCGACCCGCCCAGCGAGAUGUGACGUUUAUGUUGCAGCACGGGCUCCCGGUGCUUAUCUACGCCGGAGCCCACGACAUUAUCUGUAACUGGCUGGGCCAGCGGGCCUGGACUGACGCUCUUCCGUGGCACGGACACUUCAAGUUCCGACUCAAAAAGCUCCGGCCCUGGCAUGUGGAUGGCAAGGUCGCGGGAGCGGUCAAGAGUCACGCGGGAUUCACGUUUCUGCGGAUCGAAGACGCGGGUCAUAUGGUUCCUCAUGAUCAGCCCAAGCCGGCUUUGGAGAUGAUUAAUCGGUGGAUUAGUGGUGAUUAUUGGUUGGUUGGAGAGAAGCAUUAA